UAAUCGAAGAAUCCCUUGGCUCGCCCUAUCCAACGCAGUACGCACACUCAUGGCGUCUCCUCUCUCAUCGCUCUCGUCCAUCCUCUCCCAACCUCACUGCGCCAUCCGCAUCAGACUUCCUACGCGAUGUUGCUUCGGUCUUCAAUCUCUCUCCCCAAAACCCCACCUUUCUUCUUCUCGCUGCAAUCUUCGUACUCCUCCCCCUUCCAGGCCCGGUUUCUCUCUCACUUUCUCGAGAAAAUUCUCUCAAUCCCAUUCUCACCUUCCACUCUCCAACAAGUCGGAGGUUCCCAGCCUCCACUCCUUCAUUGCUCAAGCCGCUGUCGCCAGUUCCGAAGUGCAGCCCGACCCUGUGUCAGCUUCCGAAAUUCUUCCAAGAGGUCGUAUUUAUCAUGAGACAUAUGGUUGUCAAAUGAAUAUUAAUGAUAUGGAGAUUGUCCUUUCUAUCAUGAAGAAAGCGGGAUAUAAUGAAGUUGUGGAAGUUCCUGAGAGUGCUGAGGUCAUUUUCAUUAAUACUUGUGCUAUAAGAGACAAUGCAGAACAAAAGGUGUGGCAGAGGCUUAACUAUUUUUGGUUUCUUAAAAGGCAUUGGAAGAGCAAUGUCUCGAUUGGAAGGGCGGAUUCCCUGCACCCCCCAAAAGUAGUUGUAUUAGGAUGCAUGGCUGAGAGGUUGAAGGAUAAGAUACUAGAUGCGGAUAAGAUGGUUGAUGUUGUCUGUGGCCCUGAUGCUUACAGGGACUUGCCACGGUUGUUAGAGGAAGUAGACUAUGGUCAAAAAGGGAUCAAUACUCUUCUUUCCCUUGAAGAAACUUAUGCUGAUAUUAGCCCAGUUAGAAUUUCCAAAAAUUCAGUUACUGCUUUUGUCUCUAUUAUGAGGGGCUGCAAUAAUAUGUGCUCGUUUUGCAUUGUUCCUUUCACCAGAGGGAGGGAGCGAUCACGGCCUGUGGAAUCAAUUAUCAGAGAGGUGGCUGAGCUUUGGAAAGAAGGAGUAAAAGAGGUGAUGCUUCUUGGUCAAAAUGUGAAUAGCUAUAAUGAUGCUUCUGGGUUUGACAAAGAAGUUGAACCAGGUGCUAAUUGGAAACUUAGUGAAGGUUUUUCCAGCAAGUGCAAAGUGAAGGAAACGGGUUUACGCUUUUCUGAUCUAUUGGACCGACUGUCCACAGAAUUCCCUGAAAUGCGGUUCAGGUACACAUCCCCACAUCCUAAAGAUUUCCCAGAUGAAUUACUAUAUUUAAUGCGAGAUAGAUAUAAUGUCUGCAAAAGUAUCCACUUGCCUGCGCAAACUGGGAGUAGUACUGUACUUGAAAGAAUGCGUCGGGGUUAUACACGGGAAGCUUACUUGGAUCUCGUACAAAAAAUACGGAGAAUCAUUCCUGAUGUUGGGAUUACCAGUGAUUUCAUAUGUGGCUUUUGUGGAGAAACAGAGGAGGAAUAUGCAGACACAAUAAGCCUUCUAAAGGCUGUUGGUUAUGACAUGGCAUACAUGUUUGCUUACAGCAUGAGGGAGAAAACCCAUGCACAUAGAAACUAUGUUGAUGAUGUUCCUGACAACAUCAAGCAAAGGAGGCUGGCAGAGAUGAUAGAGGUCUUCCGUGAGAGUACAGGUCAGUGUUAUGACUCCCAAAUUGGUACUGUUCAGCUGGUGUUAGUUGAAGGCCCCAAUAAGAGAGCUCCAGAUACAGAGCUAAUCGGCAAGACUGAUAGAGGCCAUAGAGUUUCAUUUAAAAAUACACCCGUCCCCCAUUGGGAUGAUGAUGUUGGAGGGAAUCAAAAUCCUAGAGUUGGUGAUUUCGUGGAGGUUCGCAUAUUGACGUCUACACGAGCCUCACUUUUUGGGGAAGCACUUGCUAUAACUAAAUUAAGCUUGUUUUACAGCAAUGCAGAUGAAGCCAUUGUCGAUGAACAGAACUUGAAAUCAAGCUGUUUAUGAACUUUCUGUUGUCCUCAUUCUUUAAUGAAAUCCUCAAGAUCGCCUUUUCUCUUUGCUUGGCGAUGGUGGGGGGUCUGAGAUCUCGCUAUCAGGUCAAAAGUAGGAUUAAAAUAGCAGAGGUGAGUGGGGUGGCAUCCUGCUACAAAGCUGGUCUGAGCAUGAGAAUCUACAACUUCAACUCAUCCCCGUACUCGAUAUGGCUCAGAAGCGCCAACACAUUGUUUGAAUAUUUAUUUUGUUUUUAAUCUUGCCCCUUCAAUUUCCGGUGCUUGACCUUCAAUGAAGUAUAUACAGAGGUUUGAAAUUCUUCUUGUACUGAUACUAAGUUAAGGUCAAAUUCAUAAAGAAAGAAAAGAACUCAGAAAAAUCUGAGCUGAAUUUUCACAAAUUCCCACCGCAAGAGACACCAACGUGUUAAGCACAUGGCGGGCGUGUUUCAUGAAUCAUCAGCCAUUUUGGGAAAAUGGAAAAUGGAGUAUGAAAAGCGGCCGCAGCAUCUUUCACAUGUAUUAAUCAUGGGGAUUGCCUUAAUCCAAUCAAGUGCUCAGAAGAAAAGUUGGAUAUGGGGAAUGAUAUCCCAAUUGUAAUGCUUGUACAACACUGAGGGGAGGGACCAUUGGUUGGGAGAUGGGACUACGGAGGAUUAUUAUCAUCAACAAGCCUUAACUUUUGGUCAUGCAUGUGGGCAGUGGGAGGCCACUACAGAAUAUGUAUGGAAUGGGUUUUGGUUUGGGCUAGUUCACCUCACGUUUAUCAAUUUUUAUUUUCCUUUCUAUUUUUAAAUUUUGUUGAACUACAUAGGGAUGUAAACUAUUAAUAUUGAAUUGUAUGAUCGCUUAAUAA